UCUUGCUGCCGGGGAAACAGCGCUGAGGGUUGUGCGUUCUURUGCCGGUGGACUAAAAACUCCCGCCAUUUCGGCAAGGAAUUAACCUCUUGUUUGAUCGUUACUUUCUUGUGACRCUUGAACGCUGUUACCUGCUUACUCGAAACUUCGACCGCACUUAGUGGCAAUAGUUUCAACGAGAACAAGUCUGGUUCGUACAUAUUUACAGGACUAUAGCGACGGAGAGCUCCUGCUUGAACUGAGCUUCUUGCCGCGAGUUUGAUUUCGGCGUGAGUGCGCAUCAUUUUUUUUAUGCUCACCUGAAGGAGCUAAAAGUUUUACCAACUUGUCUCGGUGGACCACUUCGACACAUCUCAAAGCAGCACGCAGAGGCGACAUGACGCCRCUGUUGGAGAAACGGACAGCGGUGUGAUGAGGCCGCCUGUGAGGGAACUGUUAUUGUUUUGCAUCGCCGUAGCUGAACACACCGGGCCUGCCGGCGGUAACGUGGAACCUGCUGUCGAUCGAGAUACAUGCUAAGACAAACCGUUGUGUCGGAAAUCGCACUAGUUGGUCGCUAGAAAGUCUAAUUCCACCUCUGGCAUUUUUUUACGCCUUUUGAGGAUUUGCCAUGGCACCGCUUUUGGGUCGGAAACCGUAUCCACUGGCUAAGCCGUUAGCCGAGCCACCAGGCCCGGGAGACGAGGUCUACAUCAUCGAGCACACCAARGAGGCCUUCAGGAACAAAGAAGAGUAUGAGGCACGGUUGCAGAUGUAUAAUGAACGCGUCUGGAUAUGCAAGAGCACCGGAAGUCUUCAGCUUACUCACAAAGAAGCCUGGGAAGAGGAACAAGAAGUCACAGAACUGCUUCAGGAGGAGUAUCCACUGUGGUUUGAGAAGCCRGUCCUUGAGAUGGUUCACCACAACACGGUGUCUUUAGACAAACUGGUUGAAAUGGCCUGGGUGGAAAUCCUCACYAAGUAUGCUGUGGGCGAAGAGUGCGACUUCCUGGUGGGAAAGGACCAAAGUUUACGGGUGAAAGUGGUGAAGAUUCAUCCUUUAGAAAACCCUGAGGGUGAGUCGGGUGAGAAGAAGCUUGAAGGAGCUUGUGACUCCCCAUCCAGUGACAAGGAGAACACCAGCCAGGAGAACCAGAGAAAAGAGCCUCCACCGCACGAGGAGGAAAACAGAAGGGAGAGUCUCAGUGACAGAGCACGACGCUCUCCGAGGAAAGUUGCCACUGCCACGAAGGAAGAGAAGAAGAGAUGGGUAAUGCCCAAAUUCCUUCCUCAUAAGUACGAUGUGAAGCUGAUCAACGAGGACAAGGUGAUCAGCAAUGUUCCAGCUGACAGUCUUUUCAGAACUGAGCGCCCUCCAACCAAAGAGAUCAUGCGCUACUUCAUCAGGCACAAUGCCCUGAGGCUGGGCAAAGGAGAGAGUGCUCCCUGGGUGGUUGAGGAUGAGCUGGUGAAAAAAUAUAACCUGCCCAGCAAGUUCAGCGACUUCCUCCUUGAUCCUCACAAGUUUUUGGCAGAAAAUCCCUCCACAAAGCGUAAGAGCUUGACAUCUACUGACGGUAAACCUAGAAAGAGGAUUAAGACGGGCGACACUCCUGGAGGGGAUUCAGUAAAUGAGAAAGGAGAGAAGAAAGAUAAAAAGAAGAAAGAUUCUCUAAGCGUGCCUCUUAGUCCCACCAUUUGGGCUCACAUGCAGAAAAUAAAGAUGAACGGCUCUCCACUCAAGGUGAAGAACUCAGGAACCCCUAAGAAAGAAGGGAAAAGCUCYGCUCCCUCCACUCCAAAAUCUGCCAAAAAGCCAGGGGACAAAAGAGAGGGAAGGAAAAGUGGAAAGAGUGGCGAUAAAAAGCUCAACGUGCUUAAAGCCUCCAGAAAAGAUGAUAAAACUGGUGCAAAGAUGCCAAAGAUGAAGCAGAUGACUCUGUUACACCUGGCUAAGGGCACACCUGCAGGAAGUCCUAAAAAGAGAGCUCGCAGCAGCAGCGUGGGUACACCUAAACUUGGGAAACCACUGCACCCCAUGGCUCUCCACCUCCUCCGUUACUACAAGGAGAACAAGGGCAAAGAGGAUAAAAAGAACGCCCUGUCCUCCCUCAUAUCUAAAGCUGCAAAGGCGUUGUCCGUAGAAGAUCGUGGCCGCCUGCCCGAGGAGCUGAAGGAGCUCGUACAGAAGCGAUGGGAGCUGCUGGAGCAGAAAAGGCGCUGGGCGGCCAUGAGUAAGGAAGAAAAGGAGCAGGAGAUGAAGAAGAAGCGUGCGGAGCUCAAAGAGAAGCUACGAGAAAAGGCCAAGGAGAGACGGGAGAAGGAGAUGCUGGUCCGCCGCGAACAAUCCCGUAGAUACGAAGACCAGGAGAUCGAAGGUGGCAAAGCCCUGCCCAUGUUCAAGCUGGUAGACAUGCCCGAGGGCUUACCCAACACCCUGUUCGGUAGCAUAGCAAUGAUCGCCGAGUUCCUUCACUGCUACGCAGGCCUGUUAAUGCCAAACGACCAAUAUCCGAUCACAGCGGUGGCUCUGAUGGAAGCGCUGGCGAGGGAGCGCUCUGGCUUCCUUUACCUGAACCGCGUGCUGGUGGUGCUGCUCCAAACGCUGCUGCAGGACGAGCUGGCCGAAGGCUAUGGCGAGCUGGACAUGUCCUUAUCUGAGAUCCCUCUCACCAUGCACUCCGCCUCAGAGCUGACGCGGCUGUGCCUGAGGCCGUGCGACGCUCACGAAGAGAGCGGCCAGGGUUCAGAGGACUCAGGUGCCAUGGGUGACUUCGACGACGUGGUGAGCAACGAGUUCCUGGAGAAGCUCGAGACGGUGGAGGUGUUCGAGCUGAGCUCCGAGGAGAAGGUGGACCUGUUGGUGGCUCUGUGCCACCGCAUCCUGAUGACGUACUCCGUGGUCGACCACUUCGACGCGACGCAGCAGCGCUCCGCCGAACUGUGGCGGGAGCGUCUGGCCAUGCUGAAAGAGGUCAACGACCGCAAGAGGGCGGAGAAGAAGAUGCGAAAGGAGAUGGAGAUCAAAGGUGAAAAGAAAAAAGAGGGCAGUGCCAAAAAGGAGAUGAAGAAAGAUGUGAAGGUGGAGCCGGAGCCAGAGUCUGAGGACAUGAUCAGCUCAGUGAAGAGCCGGAGGCUGAUGUCUAUGCAGGCCAAGAAGGAGCGGGAGGAGCAGGACAGACAAAACAAAGAGCGAAUGGAGAAGGAGGCAGAGGAGGAGCGGGUGCGUAAACAGAGAGCUGCCACAGAGAAGGCCUUCCAGGAUGGAAUAACCAAAGCCAAGCUUGUGAUGCGUCGGACUCCACUCGGUACAGACAGAAACCAUAACAGAUACUGGCUUUUCUCAGACGUGGUUCCUGGUCUGUACAUCGAGAAAGGCUGGGUGCACGAAAGCAUCGACUACAGCUUCACUCCUCCGCCUGAGGAGAAGCCAGCUGAUCCGGAGGAGGAGGAGGAAGAAGAAGAGGAGGAGGAGGAAGAGGAAGACACUGAAGCAGCUGCUGCCCCUGAUUCACAAGAAGCUGAAAAAGACGAUGGAAGUGUGGAUGGUGCUGUAAGUGAAGGCGCCCAGCAGGGGGCAGCACCGGACGUCUGUAUUGAAAGUACCAUUCCCAAGCAGGGACAGAACCUUUGGUUCAUCAUUGACAGCCCAGCUGAACUGGAAGAGCUGGUGGACAGUCUUCAUCCUCAGGGGGUCAGAGAGAGUGAGCUGAAGGCGAAGAUCCAGAGCAGGUACCAGGACAUCCUUCACUCCAUCCAUUUGACCCGAAAGGCCAAAGUGGGUCUCAGGACCUGCGAUGGCUACGAAGAGCUGCUCAAAUAUUUGCGCAGCGAUAUCCAGGAAGUGGCCUCCAGACUGGAGAAGGGAGGACUGGGUUACAUGGACGAUGCCACGGACAUUGAAGAGCAGUUGAAAAACAUGAAGAACUUGAAAGAAUUCGGCGAGUGUAUCAUCACUCUUCAGGCCUGCGUGGUCAAGAAGUUCCUGCAGGGCUUCAUGGCCCCGAAGCAGAAAAAGAAGAAGAAACAAGGAGCGGAGGAAAGCGGCAAGACUGAAGAGGUGGAUGAGGAGAAGAGACUCGCAGAGGAGGCCAGAGUAGCCACCGCGGUGGAGAAGUGGAAAGCAGCUAUCAGGGAGGCCCAAACGUUUUCUCGCAUGCACGUGCUGCUGGGAAUGUUGGACGCUUGCAUCAAGUGGGACAUGUCUGCCGAGAACUCUCGCUGCAAAGUUUGUCGCAAGAAAGGUGACGAUGACAAGCUGAUCCUCUGCGACGAGUGCAACAAGGCCUACCAUCUGCUGUGCCUGCGGCCGGCUCUGUACCGCAUCCCUGACGGGGAGUGGCUGUGCCUGGCCUGCCAGCCCACCGUGGCCCGACGAGGCUCCCGCUCCAGAAACUACAACCAAGACACGGAUGAAGAAGAGAGCGAGGAAGAGCCUGAGGAAGAAGGCUCUGAAGAAGAUGAGGAAGACGAAGAAGAGAACGACUAUAAAGCCAUGGGACACAGCUUGAGGCCGAGGAAGAAGACGAAGCAGUCUUCAUCAUCUCGGCAGAAAAGCUCCAAAAGUAAACCGAAGAAGCCGGCGUCCUCCAGCAGUCAGAGCAGCAAGCAGAAAGCUGGCCCCAGCAGCCUCGCAGACAUUGAUGAAUUAGUGAGGCAGAGUAAUCGGAUGGGAGUGAAAAGACAGAAGCUGGAGCUGGAAAAAUGUGAAGAAAUCUUGAAAAAACUGGUGAAAUUCCGCUACAGCUGGCCGUUCAGGGAGCCGGUUUCCCCGGAGGAGGCGGAGGACUACCUGGACAUCAUCUCCGAGCCCAUGGACUUCCAGACGAUGCAGGGGAAGUUCAGCCAGGGCUCRUACCACCACCCUCAGGACUUCCUGGAAGACAUGAAGCUGGUUUUCUCCAACUCUGAGGAGUACAACCAGCAGGGCAGCACCGUGCUCUCCUGCACCAUCAAGACGGAGCAGGCCUUCGUGGAGCUGCUCCAGAAGCAGCUGCCCGGCCUCAGCUACCUCCGGCGACGCACUCGCAAACGCGUCUGCCGAGCGCCGCCUUCGUCUGAGGAAGAGGAGGAGGAGGAGGAAGAUGACAAGGAGGAGGAGCCAAAGAAGAAAAAGCUGCAGAACGGCAAAUCGAGCAGAAAGGGAAGCCGGAACAACCGGGGCUGCAAGGACGAGGAGAGCGAAAGCGAGGAGGAUGAGGAGGAUGAAGAUGAGCGUGGCAGCCAGAGAAGAAGUAAGAGGAGCACCGUCACCUCCGGCCGGAGGGAUUACAGGGAGCAGGACAGCGACGGCGAGCGGGACACUCGGAGAACUCGUCAGCGGGGGCGCCAGACCACCGACGAGGAUCGGUCCAACCAGCAGCGACAUUCCAAGAGGCAGAAACGCUCAUGAAGUCCAGCGUGCUGCUUUCUUUUUCCUUCUUUAUUUGAUUUAAAUUUUUUAUUAUAAAAUGUCUGUCCACUCCUCAGAGAAUCAACUACGAGCUCUCCUCCUCCUCCUCUUACAGCCAGCAGGACUUCACCCUCAGAAUGACUCUUUAUGUUGAUAAAUUUAUGCUCACAUUUUGGCGGAAAAAAAAAAACAAAGUGGAAGAAAACUCGUUUAUAUUUGUAACUUGUUUAGUAUUUGUGACUUCCUUUUCAGCCAAGAAAUACGAGACUUUUCCAGUUCUGGAGAAGUCACAGCUCUUAAACAACUCAUCAGCACACACAGGUGUCGAUUUAAAUUCAUCUGAGAGUUUACAUCGGUCCUGUCUGAACAGAAGGCAUCACUUUUACUGGAUUAGAGUAGUCUGUCUGAUGUUUCCUGUUUUCACUCACUCAAUGCUCUUAGCUGAAAAACAAGCAGCUGUUAAUCUGUCCUGUAAACAAGUUAAAACAGGUAGGAUUUUACUAGUUGUAGUUUGUUUUUUUUCUGUCUUCUUCCCUCAGGCCAGCUUCACUUACUGGGACGAGGCGUUCGAUCACACUUACAGUCCCGUCACAUUAAAAUAAAAUAAAAUAAAAUAAAAAAAACCUGACUUGAAACCACUUUUGGCUCGUAGAGCUGUUCAACCUUUUCCUCCUCCGUAGUGCCCCGCCACUUUAAAAGACCCGGUACCUCAAAUAAUCCAACUGUUUUUACAACUUUUGUGUAAAGUGCAGCUGUUUAAGACAGCAGCUGCAGGACCAUACUUUAAAAAAAA